CCAGUCAAAAUCCGCUUGGUGCAGCACUUUUGGAGGGAGCGAGAUUCGUGAAAAGUGAGGUUGGGCGUACAGAAAUAGUUUGUCCAUCUAAUAUAUGACUGUCGUGACCAACAAGGGUCGCUUUUCAGAUCAGUAGAGAUUUGGCACUCUGUCUAUUGAAGUUUGAAGUUUUGAACAUGGUUUUUUAUUGCAUUAAUUGCACAUCGUUUUGGUGUCUUUUGUUGAUGCUCAUUUCUUAUUCAAAUGGUGCAGAUUAUGUCAUAAAGACUUCAUGGGACAAUGCAACUUUAGAUUCUGCUGAACAAAUCAAAAUAAAUCUGGAGAACUAUGAUGGAAAAUCUUUUAAAAUUGUGAUUGAAGCUCCUUUCUAUGAUGAUCCACCUCCAGACACACCUGGUGAUCCUGGUGAAUCUAAAUGGAGGCUUUGGGAUUUUGAAUUGGUAAAAAUUUUCUUCAUGAAUAAUCUACACCAGUAUAUUGAAAUUGAGCUGGGAGCGUGGGGGCAUCACUUUGUGCUACUCUUGAACGGAUAUCGCCAUACCGUACAAUUUGGAAUGUUGAUCAACUAUAACGCAGACCGCAUUGGUAAAAGAUGGAACGGAACCGCCAUCAUACCUUUAAGCUACUUGCCCACCAACACUUCCAAAAUGAACAUGUAUUCGUUUCAUGGGCUUAGCGAUAAGCGUGUCGUAAACGCUCUUUAUCCUGUCAGUAAUAAUCCCCCUACAGGGUUGGAUGACCAUCGAAUAGAAGCCUAUCAACCCUUCGACGUGACUGUUUUACCAGCAGAACAAACUGGAUCAACAUCGUCGGUCUGGUCGGAUGCAAUUCAAGGGAUCCGCAGUUUUAAGAUUGCCAGUUCGUGGAACGGCAAAGCACUUUCUCCUAGUGAAAGUGUCGAUUUGCAUAUCCAACUAGACGCAUCCAGCAGAAAUUUGGUUCUGAACGUUAGUGCCCCGUUCUAUGAUGAUCGAGCUCCCGAGGAAGCCAACGGAGGUCCAUUUGCUGAUUUGUACAAUUACGAAGUCGUCCAUCUAUAUUUGUUAAGCUACCCCGAUUUCAAAUAUGUUGAAAUUGAAUUGGGACCAUGGGGCCAUUAUCUUGUCGUCUUCUGGAACGGCUACUACAAUAAAGUGGGAAAUUUGGUUUCCCUUCUGAAAUAUACGGUUAAUCGUAAUGCGUCACGAUGGACUGGGUCUGCACUCAUCCCACUGAUCUAUCUGCCACCAAAAGUGUACUUAAUGAAUGCCCAUUCCAGCCAUGGCGUUGAUGCAAAACGUCAGUGGAACAGUUUAUACCCGGUUCCGUCAAACAGUAAUCAAACUUCGCCAGAUUAUCAUGCCUUAAAGUAUUACAAAUUCAUUGAUAUUACGGAAUUAUAUCCCGAAAACGAUGAUCCAAAGUGCUCUCAGAUUUGGCAAGACUUGAAUGUCUGUCAGACUUCAGCGGUCCAAUCGCCUACUAGUGCUGUAGGCAUUGUUCUUUUCAAUGUUGCAUUCGUACUUCUAUUUAAUAUGUGAGAAAUUGUGGUUCGUGAUUCUGCUAGUCGGCAGUUGUUAAAAUUUACCGAAUUUUAUACCAACAUAAUAUAAAAAAUUUGCUUGCGUUA